UCUGUCGGUCUAUUGACGAACGCGGAUAGGAAUAUCGGUAAAAAAAUAAUAUUCCAAGGAAAUAGUUUUAAAUUGGAACAAAAGUGUAGAAAUUAACAAAAUAUUAAAGCUCAAAUUAUGGGAACAAUAUAAACUCAAAGGACUCAACGUACAGUUUUAUUAUUCCAAAACUUUUAACUGCUAACGGUUCCAAUCAAAUAUACAAAAUGGAUAAAUUCAAUCCUCCCUCGUUCGCUUACCUACGUGGUGGCCGUAAUGUUAGCUUGGCCGAAAGUGUACCGGCUGAUAUUAUGCAUAUGGUAGAUCCAUACUGGUAUCAGUGGCCACCAAUGGAACCUAUAUGGUUUGGCAUAAUCGGUUUCGUCAUCACCAUCCUGGGCAUUAUGUCGUUGAGUGGCAAUUUUAUUGUCAUCUAUAUUUUUACAUCCGCCAAAUCGUUGCGUACACCCUCCAAUAUGUUUGUAGUGAAUUUGGCAUUUUCCGAUUUCAUGAUGAUGUUCACCAUGUUCCCGCCCGUCGUGCUCAAUGGUUUCUAUGGCACCUGGAUUAUGGGCCCGUUCUGGUGCGAACUGUAUGGUUUAUUUGGUUCGCUCUUCGGUUGUGUAUCGAUUUGGUCAAUGACCUUAAUUGCUUAUGAUCGUUAUUGUGUUAUUGUUAAGGGUUUAGCGCGUAAACCUUUGACUAUAACAUCGGCCGUCAUACGUUUGAUGUGUAUUUGGAGUAUUUGCCUGUUAUGGGCGAUUUUCCCUAUGGUCGGUUGGAAUCGUUAUGUACCCGAGGGUAAUAUGACAGCAUGUGGUACAGAUUAUUUUGCCAAAGAUUGGUAUAAUCGUUCGUAUAUUAUUGUCUACUCUGUGUGGGUGUAUUUAACGCCAUUAUUGACGAUUAUCUUUUCGUAUUAUCAUAUUAUGAAGGCUGUCCGAGUGCAUGAGCAGGCGAUGCGUGAACAGGCGAAAAAAAUGAAUGUUGCAUCGCUGCGCAACAGUGAAGCGGAUAAAGGUAAAUCGGUGGAAAUAAAAUUGGCUAAAGUGGCACUUGUUACAAUAUCAUUAUGGUUUCUGGCCUGGACACCAUAUACGAUUAUAAACUUUGCUGGCAUAUUUGAAACGAUGGCCUUGUCACCGCUCAGCACCAUCUGUGGUUCGGUGUUUGCCAAAGCCAAUUCAGUCUGCAAUCCCAUUGUCUACGGUUUGAGUCAUCCGAAAUACAAACAAGUCUUAAAAGAGAAAAUACCCUGUUUGGCUUGUGGCAAAGAUGACACAGCUUCUGAUUCUCGAACACAGGCUACCACUGAAAUUAGUGAAUCGGCAGCGUAGAUUUACGAAAUUUCUCAUUUGAAAUUUGUUUUUUUCCUUUUUAAAUAUUUUUUAAAUUAAUGACAUUAAUGACAAUUUUGGCGCGUUAAAAGGACUUAAUGAUUUUUGCAAUAUAUAUUUACAUAUUUAAAAUUAAUUUUAAGUAGUUUUUAGUUUGUAAAAAAAAAACAAGAGAAACAACUUCCUAUGGAUUCAACGAAGUGAUCUUAAGCUGUGUUUUAUGGUAAAACUCUUUAAGCAUUUAAGAAUGAUAAAGAAAAAAAUUUAAAAAAAAAUUACAAAAAAAAUAUAUAUAUUUUUCAAAUGUUAACUAUACUUAUGAAAGGCAAGCAAAAAAACAACAAAAAGUUGCAAAUUAUAAAAAAAAAAUAAAAAAAAAAUAAAAAUAACAAAGAAAU